CGCUGGCUUCUCUGAACUCAUGGCUCGGCUUUCCUUCACUGAAGUGGGCCCGCUGCUUCUGUUAGUGCUGGCGUUGAUGCUAAGUGCUGAGGCAAGAGAGAAGACGCCAAAGAAUCUGAGGAGGAAGAAGAGAGAAUGGAUCUUGCCUCCUGCCAAGCUGAUGGAGAAUGUUGACUACACCCACAAGGAAUUCAUUGCCAAGAUUCGCUCUGAUAGAGACAUGGAUAUGGACGUGCAGUAUUUUCUUAUCGGACCAGGAGCUGACAAGCCACCCAUCGGCCUCUUUAUGGUGGACCCUCAAACGGGGUUUGUACGCGUCAAUGCUAAACUGGACCGAGAGAAACACCCAUUCUACAAUCUGACAGGGGUCGCUAAAUACAGAAAUGGGACCACAGCAGAGGAUGACAUCCCACUGACUGUCACAGUCCUGGACCAGAAUGACAACCCUCCUCGCUUUGAGAUGCAUUAUAGCAACAUCAACGAGUCUAGCAAAGAAGGAACCUUUGUCAUGCAAAUUGAGGCAAUAGAUGAUGACCAAGCUGGAACAAUUAAUGCAGAGAUCUACUACUCCAUCAUCAGCCAGGAGCCGGCGGGGACAGGUCCCAUGUUCACGAUAGACAGAAAGACAGGCAAAUUAUAUGUCAAAGAGGCCACGCUGGAUAGAGAGACUAAUCACUUCUACAAACUGACUGUAAAAGGGAUGGAUAUGGGAGGGGCACCAGGGGGGCUAACAGGAACAGGAACUGUGGAGAUCAUGGUCCUGGACAUCAACGACAACCACCCCGUUCUAGAAAAAUCAGAGUACUCUGGCUCAGUGGAUGAAAAUGUUGCUGAUGUAGUUGUGAUGAGAAUCAAAGCUCUGGACCAAGACCUUGUGAACACAGACAACUGGGAGACAGUCUUUACAAUCGCCUCAGGAAAUGAGGAUAAUCUCUUCUCCAUUGAGACAGACAAAAAAACCAAUGAGGGCAUCCUGAAGCUGAUCAAGGCUGUGGAUUUUGAAGAUGUCCAGAAUCUUGAGCUUGGCCUGGUGAUUGAGAACGUAGCUCCUUUUGUGGAAGGCGGUGCUAUACAUAUGGAUGUAGAUGUUCAUGUUGGAGAGGGUGGUGGCGGAGGCGGAGCUGGAGCUGCCACUGGAGCUGGUGCUGGAGCUGGAGCUGGAGCUGGAGCUGGAGCUGGAGCUGGAGCUGGAGCUGGAGCUGGUGUUGAAGCUGGUGUUGAAGCUAGUGCAGGUGCAGGUGCCGGGGUGGAUGUAGGACUUAAGCCCGAAGUUGGGGUUAAGCCCGGAGUUGGACCUGGAGUGGGUAUCGGACUUAAGCCCGGGGCGAAACCGGGACCAGGAACAAAGCCAAGCUAUCCCAUUAAAAUAGCAGUGAAUAAUAUGCCGGAGGGUCCAGCAUUCAUACCCAAAACCAAAAACGUUCCAUUAUCAGAAGAUCCAACUCAAACACCUGAGGAUGGUGUGAUAACAGUGUUCGCUGCUACCGAUCCAGACACAGGAAAGCCAGCUGAAGAUGUCAGUUAUGCCAAAGCCUAUGAUCCAGACAACUGGUUUACCAUUGAUGAAGAAACAGCUGAGAUUAGACUCAACAAGGCACCAGAUAGAGAGUCCCCGUUCUUGGUGAAUGGUACCUACAUUGCCAAGAUUCUGGCCAUCACCAAAGACAUGCCAUCAAAGACAGCUACUGGAACAAUAGCCAUUCAUGUCACUGAUCACAACGACCACUGUCCCGCUCUGACCACCACCCACAGCAGUCUGUGCUCCAAUUCAAAAACUGUGAAUGUCACUGGUUUUGAUGAGGAUGCUAGUCCUAACGGGGCUCCGUUUACGUUCAGAAUCGUACCUGAAGGGACACGAGGCAGCUGGGACGUAGAAGUCAUCAAUGCUACGAGUGCCGCUCUUCACUCUCGUGAGUCGCUGUGGCCCGGCUCAUAUCAGCUGCAGGUGGAGGUUUUGGACGCUCAGGGUCUGUCUUGCGAAUCCAAUGACAUUUUUACUGUGGACGUUUGCACCUGUGGGGAAACAGAGGACUGCGUCAUCCCUCUUCUCCUGCUGUUAUGUCAGUGUGGAGGAGCAAACACCAUCUUUCCUGACCAAUUUAAUGAUCUGCCAUUCGACGCCAAAGAACACCUCAUAUCCUACCACACUGAAGGCAGAGGCGAGGAUAAGGAUGGUCUUUUGGAGUAUGACUUUGAGGGCCAGGGCUCUUCUGCUGGCUCAGUGGGCUGCUGCAGCCUCCUGGGAUCUGACAACGACCUGCAGUUCCUUAAUGACCUCGGGCCAAAGUUCAAGACUCUGGCUGAGCUCUGUUCCCCUCCUACACCAAUACCCAAACCUUCUCUGACACACAAAAUAGCAGUACCGUGA